GUGAGAGGUAACAGCUCUGGAUGUGACGUCAUUACAAGCCAAUGACUCAGUCACCGUUCAUUCUUGACAGGACUCAUCACCUUAUCAGGCACUAAAGGCAGAUGCAAUUUGCAAUAUGCAAUAUACUUAUAACAAAUCUCUUCUUUUUUUCCCCUCCUUCUUUAGAUUAUUUCGAUGAUGAUGUUCCGGACCUACUGGUCCGGAUGGCCACCAGCUGCAACUAUAGAGCGCCACCUGCUGUCCCAAGAAGACAGUGUGGUGCAUUGUCUUGGCGGUCCACUGUCUGGCAGUGAGUCAGCACGUGAGGAGGAGGCCUGUAGCGCAGUGCAGAGCAUCACCAAAUGGAUCAAUUCCGUGGAUUAUUCGUUAAACUGGACCGCAACCAAGAUGGUUUCAUCUCGUUGUCGGAGCUGCGCAGUGAAAUGAGCAAGCAUGGCAUCUCUGCGGCAGAGGCUAAGGUGCAGAAUGUCAUUGACUCCUAUGAUAACGACAACAACGGCCAACUGGAUUAUGAUGAGUUUCUCAGCUACAUGAUGGACCGAGAGAGGAAAUGGAAGAUUUGCUUUGACCACCUGGACAAGAACAAGAGUGGGCUGAUUGACCAGGAGGACAUCAUAUGUUUGUUUAAGGAGUUAGGAGUGGUCAUUUCAAAGGCCCAUGCCAAUAAAGUAAUACAAAUGAUGGACACGGACGGCUCUAUGACGGUGGACUGGGACGAGUUCCUGCAGCACGUCAUCCUCAAACCUGUGGAUGACAUUGGUGAGCUGGUGUCGUCAUGGAAACACAGUCUGGUUUUCGACGUGGGCGAGAGCCGAGCGCUGGCCAUCGAGUUUCCCGAAGAGAGUUCCGGCAUCGGUGCGUGGAGGAAGUUUGUACUCGGUGCUGGUUUGGCUGAUGCGGUUUCCCGGACAGUGACGGCUCCCAUCGACCGCCUCAAGACCCAGCUGCAGUUCUAUGGAUCCAAGGCCUUCACUCGUGGCUUGCAGGAGCUUCGCUUCGGCAACCUACGUUCCAUGUGGCAGGGCAACGCCGUCAAUGUCCUGAAGGGGACGCCGCAGUCCACACUUCAGUGUCUCAUCUACGCUCAGAUGAAGGUGUCCAUGCAGGGCAGAAGUCAGGGGAGUCUGAGUGUGCAGCAACGCUUUGGCUUGGGUUGCGUAUCCGGUGCUGUGGCUCAUGCUGUCUUUUACCCUCUGGAGGUGUUGAAGGUGCGGCUAAACCUGCAGCGGGUGGGCACCUACCACGGCAUGGUAGCCUGCGCCCGCUCCAUCUACCGGGAUGAGUCCUUGUCCUCGUUUUAUCGAGGAUUUAAGCCCAGCAUCAUCUGUAUGAUCCCGUACGCAGGCGUGGAAUGUGCGGUACAUCAGUCUAUCAUGACCUGGGCCCAGAGCGAUCCAGCUUACAGUACCGACUGCGGGCUCUUCUUCUUCAGUUUUGUGGCCUUUGCUUGUGGACAAAUGAGCAGCUACCCUCUGGCGGUGAUAAGAACACAGCAGCAGGCGCAAGAAUGGGGACUGAGGGCUGUGAUCUCUCCAGCAAACUGGAGACUAUGGAGUCUACAGCAUCCAAGAAGGCCAAGAAAGGCUGUCUACUUCGGUUCUCACACCACAUCGUCGGGCGUCCUUGAAGGACUUGUCAGGAUAUACGAAAGACAUGGACUGCGGGGGUACUACAACGGGAUGGGGGCCAGCUUUGUCCGGGCCGUUCCAUGCGCCUUAAUAAACUUCACCUUAUGCAGAAUGUUUCAAAAUCUGUUUUCCUCCAUGGGUACAUGAGGUUUGGCAGAGGCGUUGAACUGAGUCAGCAGAAACAAAUAUGCAAAUUUUGCCUUGUGUUAACAACUGUUCCAAGCAAUAAAAAAAGUGUCAUUAUUGCUAAGAUCAGCCACAUUGGGUGGUCUGACUACUGCACAUCUGAAACACUUGUUUUGUUGUUUUCCCCACAAGCAAAUGAUUGUUGUUGUUAAAUGUGUGUAAAAUAUGUGUAAUGUAAAGACGUACCAGUGAACAGCUCUCCACUGUGUGGAGAGAGUAUUUUCAACCCCCACCUCUUCAGGGAGACGUUUGCCCUUGCCCGGACGCGGGUCACCGGGGCCCCCCUCUGGAGCCAGGCCUGGAGGUGGGGCUUGAAAGCCCGGCCGGGCACAGCCUGAAAGGAUAACGUGGGUCCCCCUUCCCAUGGGCUCACCACCUGUGGGAGGGGCCAUAGGGGUCUGGUGCAGUGUGAGCUGGGCGGUGGCCAAAGGCAGUGACCUUAGCG